AUGGUCACCGAUGAGCAGAUCGAGCAUGAGCGCCGUCAACAUGCCCGCGUCGGCUCAUACUUCCUCGGUCCCCGCGCCGAGAACUUUGAGCUUCUCAGUGAAUUCUUCACUUAUGUCUUGAAUGAACAGAAGGACACACGAGAGAAUCUCUACAAGGAUGAUCCAGCCUUCAUUACUCAGGACAUGAUCAAGACGGAGGAGUUUCAAGGUAGUAUUGCUCAACUUCGUGAAGACGUCAAGGAUAUAUCCAAGAAGCUGUCCACCAACUCGAUUCCGUUUUGGUCGCCGAGGUAUAAUGCUCAUAUGAACAUGGAUACUGCUAUGCCUAGUAUCAUAGGAUAUAUGGCAGCUAUGAUGUACAACCCCAACAACGUUGCGACAGAGGCUAGUCCCUACACUACCGGCGUGGAGCGUCAAGUCGGCGAGGACCUUUGCCGCAUGCUGGGCUAUGGCUACGGUGUUGGUGGUGAAGACUCAGAUGUUGAACCAUGGGGUCACAUUACCUGCGAUGGCUCGGUCGCCAACCUUGAAGCCAUCUGGGCAAUUCGAAACCUCAAGUUCUACCCACUAUCCCUCAAGCUCGCCAUGGCCGAAGGCGCACCACUCAACUUCUUGACUCGCAUCAAACCCCCCUUCAAGGUGUCCACUUGUAAAGGAGAAGAAAAGCCCUUCACCGAAUUGUCCACAUGGGAGCUUCUCAACCUGAAGCCCACCGCCAUUCUCCAGAUCCCCACUCGCUUGACUAGCGAAUAUGCCAUUUCUGCCACCUUCCUCCAGACUGCUCUGAAGGAUUACCUGAUUCAGACUGUCGGAAAGGAAUAUGUUGAUCAGAAGUUUGGCAUCACCAAGCCUGCCAAGUUCUUUGUUAGUGCCACGAAGCAUUACUCUUGGCCCAAGGGCGGAGCCAUAUCUGGUCUUGGCUCCGACAACUUUGUCGACAUCGCCGUCGAUGAAGAAGCCCGCAUGGACAUCUCCAGCCUCCGCGCCCAUCUGGAAUCCUGCAUCGAAGGCGAUGACGAAUCUCAGCAUACACCGGUCUUCGGCGGUGUCGUCAUCAUCGGAUCAACUGAACAUGGAGCAUGUGAUCCUCUCCGUCAAGUCGUUGAGCUCCGCGAAGAAUUCCAGGCCCGCGGUCUUUCUUUCGCUAUUCAUUGCGAUGCUGCGUGGGGAGGCUACUUCUCCUCUAUGAUUGAGCGUAGAAUGUUCGCUCCUAUUCCUGGUGGAGACUUACCCUUUGUUCCGAAGUUGGCCAUUCAGCCUUAUACGAGGGACAUCACUAUUGAUCCUCACAAGUCCGGCUAUAUCAACUAUCCUGCCGGUGGUCUUUGCUACCGUGAUCAGCGCAUGCGCUAUCUCAUCACCUGGACUAGCCCAAUUGUCUACCAUCAGGGUGACGAUAAGGGAAGCAUGGGAGUCUAUGGUGUUGAGGGAAGUAAGCCCGGAGCUGCAGCAGUGGCUACCUGGUUGACUCACAAGACCCUCAGGCUUGAGGUUGACGGAUACGGUAGACUCCUUGGAGAGGCCAUAUUCACUUGCACUAAGCUGUACUGUCACUGGGCCACUUUGACCAAGCCUGAAGAUGACUUGAUCGUUAUACCUCUUAUCAGACUACCCAUUGAGCGCAACGGUGGCUCAGCUGAGGAUGUUGCGAAAGAAAAGGAAAGAAUCCGCACAAAGAUCCUUGGAGUCAGUAACGAGGACCUGUUUAAGGAUGAAGAGACUUGGGAGCUUUUGGAGACACUUGGUGGUGAUUUGAUGAUCAACGCUUUCGCAUGCAACUUCCGGAUCAACGGCAAGCCCAACACCGAUAUCGGAGAAGCCAACUACCUCAAUCAGCGUAUCUUCAAGCGCCUCUCUUACACUAUUGAAGAUGACGCGACGCCCACAUCUGAUCGGCCUCUGUUCCUCACCUCGUCAUCAUUCAGUGAAAAGGCUUAUGGCAAGUGUUUGACCAAUUUCAAGAGGCGCCUCGAGCUCUCUAACAAUGAUCAUCCCGCUCACGGUGAUUUGUCGUUCCUGGUCAAUGUGACGAUGAGCCCUUGGCCUACCGACUCGCCAUUCCUUGAGAGUUUGGUCACUCCCUUCAGAAAGAUCGCAGAGGAAGAGGUGCAGCAUGUUCUUGCUCGCAACAUCGAGAAGCCAGACAUCCACGGCUUCGUCGUCCAAGGUCACGACAAGGUCUACCUAGUCCACAUUCCCAUGUUCAACAUGGCCGCUCACCGCUGGCAAGUCAUCAUCACCGCUGAGCUCCCCGGCGAGGUCAAGGAACUCUACCAGAAACUGCGAAAAGAAAAUCCAGACAAGUUCUACACCAUUGCCAACGUGGAGCCUGAGAAACUCGGUAAUCUUCUUGAGUCAACUGGCGACGUUGAGUUCCGAAUGGAUGAUGGCAUCCCGGCUGAUGGUGCUGAACCUCUGGCCAAGUUCAAGCUUUCUGACAUUCAGGUCGUUGUCAAGAGGUCUAUGUCUUACGAUGACUUGGACAGGAAAUAUCCUGAUAGAAUGCCGUUUUACCUCUAUGGAAGCAAUGCUGAGGCUAAUAUCGACCAUGUGCUGAGAACUUCGCCCAAUGCCCAGCUUAGCGGAGAUCGGGUCAAACUCAAUCUCAACCCGGCAUUGAGCAAUGAGCAGCUUGGCAAGGGCGUAGUCUCUGUACUGGAAGACGUCUAUGAGAACUCAAUUCAGCCGCUACCCCAAGAGGAGAAUGAGGAGGGAACCUUGGUCAUCAAGACUGAUGCCCCUGGGCUGUCGCUUGUUCCCGAUCACAAGCAUAGGGUCUCGGUGUACAACAACUACGAUGACUUCCUUGGAGGGUCCAAGCCCAUCGCAAGUGGUGACUUGAGUCUCACAUCCAAGAUCUUUGCUGAUUGGGGAAUGGUCAACAUGGAUUAG